CACCACCUUGCUUGAAAAAAAAAACCAUAUAACGGAAUAUGUUUCUGUUACUAAGUUGCAACAAUGGAUGAACUCAUCCUAUGAAGAUUCAGUGUUUGCUUAUUUCUCUCUCUGUGUCUAAACUAUGGACUUCAACACACGUCUUGAUUAUACUUUGUUCCGACUCACUCCAACUAGAACCAGAUGUGAUCUGGUGAUUUUUGCUGGAAAAGAGAAUGAGAAAUUGGCAUCUGGUUUGUUAGAUCCCUUCAUUUCACAUCUCAAAGCUGUUAAAGAUCAGUUAUCAAAAGGUGGCUACUCUAUAACUCUUCGUCCAGUUGGCUCAACUCCUUCCUGGUUCACUAAAGGCACUCUGCAAAGGUUUGUGAGGUUUGUUAGCACACCAAAAGUUCUUGAGAGAUUCGUGACAGUCGAGAGAGAGAUUGAGCAGAUUGAAAAUUCAAUUCAAUCAAAUGAAGCAGCACAUGCUGCUGUGGUUACAGAGACAGAUGGAACCGAAUCAGUUAUUUCAGCGAAUUUCCAGAAAACUUUUUCUUCAUCAAAGUCAAAUGGUGAAUUCAAUGGGACUGGGGAUGCUGUUCAAGAAGAAAAUUCAAAGGUUCGACUUCAACGAGUUUUGGAAACUCGGAAGAAAGUACUAUCUAAAGAACAAGCAAUGGCUUAUGCUCGUGCCUUGGUUGCCGGUUAUGAACCCGAUAAUAUUGAUGAUCUCAUAUCUUUCGCGGAUGCUUUCGGUGCUUCACGAUUAAGGGAAGCCUGCAUAAAUUUCAUGGACUUAUGCAAGAGAAAGAAUGAAGAUAGGCUUUGGAUGGCUGAAUUAGAAGCAAUGCAAGCAAGUCCUAGACCAGACUUGUCUUACCUCGGAACAACCGGGAUUGUACUUGCUGGGGAAGAAAAUGAUCCGAAUGAAAAUCCGAUGAUGAAUUUCUCUAAUGCCAAGCAGAAUGGUUCAACCGAUGCAUCUGAUGCAGGGAGUGCGGAUAUUAACCCAGAUGGAAAAGCUCAAGUACAAAUGCAAUGGCCAUCCCAUGUUCCUCACUUCAUGCACAAUUUUCAGGGUCCUGGAUUUCAACAAAUGCCUCCAUAUCAAGGCUAUCAUUUUCCCGGUAUGCAUGCUCCGGCCCCAUUUUAUCCCGGGAAUAUGAAUUGGCCUCCGUAUGUAGAGGAUUCAAGUCUUUCUCGUGGUUGGGAACUGGAUGAUCAUAGAAGUCAUAGAUCAUCUUCCAGGAGCAAGAAGAAGUCUUCAAGUCGUAAGGUGGAUGAAACUUCGAAGCAAGAUGAAUCGACUGAGCCUAGUGAUUCAAGCUCUGAGGGUGAACCAGGACAGCAGGUUCGAAAGAAAAAGCACGGAAAGAAAGGCUCAAGAAAGGUAGUCAUCCGUAACAUUAAUUACAUUUCUUCCAAGAGGAAUGGGGAAAAGGACAGUGAUUCUGAAGAGGCUUCUGAUGAGGAUGAGUUCAUUGAUGGAGAUUCACACAAGCAGCAAGUAGAGGAGGCUGUUGGAUCAUUGAACAAACAACAUAAAUUGACCUCGCGACAUCAUAAGAAGCACGAGGAAAGCAAGCAUAGAGACACUGUUUCAUACGAUGACGAUGAACAUGAAACGAAGGUAGCCACUGCAAACAAUCCCUGGGAUGCUUUCCAAAACCUUCUCUUGCAGGAGAAGGAUUUGGAUUCUUCAGACCCUGCAAGGUUGCAAGAUGAAUACUUUGUAAACACGGGUUCCGAGCCAAACUCUGAGUCAGUAAGAAUUCAGCCUGUUGUGUCCGGUGAUCCUUUUCUAGGCGCAAAGAUGAAUAGAGGUAAUGAAGGUGAAACUCGAGGUGGAAACUACAGAACAAAUGAGUAUGAUGGACAGGUUUUUAAGAAAAGAGAAAGCACAAAUGAAGAGUUGUUAAUGCUACAAGGCAAUGAUUCUUGGAUCAGUUCUCGGAAUGGUAUCUCAGAUUUUACCACAGAAUCUACAAUGACCAAAAGUCGAAAAGAAGGAGACUGGUUUAUGAACAAUCAACUGGAUAAAUCAGUAAACCAGGAUGAGAUCAUAGGCAUCAAAAUGUUUGAUGGGGAUAAUUCGUCUUCGUUAGCUGCCGAACGUUUUGACACUGAGGUAAACAAGAAUGAUGCUUUUGUAGACGACUCUUUGAUGAUUCAAGGUCCACCAAUGGAAGAAGAUCAACUUGAUUCUCAGUUGAGGGUUGGUGUAGGUAUGGUUCCUGAAAUAGAAACUACUCGAUACGAAAAUGGCAAAGCAGGAAAUUUACAAAAGGCUGCUUCUGUUCCAUAUGAACCGGAUGACCUUUACAUGAUGCUUGGACGUGAUUCAGCUGACAUAGAUGCCGUCGCUUCUCGGACUCCAGAAAUUGACUACGAAAUGAAUGUAUUAUCCGCUGAAGCAAAUAGUAGACAUUCGGAUAUCACAACAACCGGUGCUGAUGACAAGGAUACUAAUGGUAAAACAGAUGGAAGUUCCAAAGGGAAACUUCCGAAUAAAGAAUCUCGAUCUAGAGUUCCGAACCGAUCACUUGUUAAGAGCAAAUCAGACAUGUCAUCAAAGAUCAGGAAACCACCAGCCGGAAGCAGAACCGCAGUCUGGAAAUCUAGAUUUGAUCAGGAAGACGAGAUUCGAAAGAAAAUCGAGGAGUUACGGAUUCAGCGCCAGAAGAGGAUCGCGGAGAGAAGUGCAGCUAAUGGUUUUAACUCGGUUACUUCCGUGAGAAACUCCAUGGAAAAUAAAGCCUCCUCAACUCCUAUGAAGAAUCAACCCGAGACUCAGGAGACUAAGAAAGUACCAAAGCCAGUUCUAAGACGUUCCACUAUCGAACGCCUUGCAACUGCUCAGAACACUCCGAAGGUCUCAUCAGCUGAAUCGAGACCAAACCAGCCGAAAAAGUCGACAUUGAAGGACAGUGGUUCUUCGAAAACCGGGUCUCGGAAGACUAAAUCAAGCACAAACAAAGUAAAAGCUUCAGAUAAGAAAAGUGGCACAAAUAAAGCUCAUUCCAGUGACUCUGAUGCACUUGGAAAGGACUCGAAAGAGGUAACAGUCGCACCUGAAGCAACUCAACAAACUGCUAUGGUUGAUGAUUCCAAAGACAUCCAAGAGUUGCAGAGUACUACUUCGAUCGUAACACCUGAAGAAAAUGAAAUAUCUCAAAGCUCCAAGGGGAACCAUCUUAUUGAAGAUAAGAAAAGUGGCACAGAUAAAGCUCAUUCCAAUGACUCCGAUGCACAUGGAAAGGACUCAAAAGAGGUAACAGUCGCACCCGAAGCAACUCAGCAAACUGCUAUUGUCGAUGAUUCCGAAGACAUCCAAGAGUUGCAGAGUACUACAUCGAUCGUAACACCCGAAGAAAAUGAAAUUUCUCAAAGCUCCAAGGGGAACCAUCUUACUGAAGAUGACAAGCCAGUGCAAUUAGAUCAUGUAAAUGCAGAAGAUUGUAAUGAAGAUAUUCCUGAGAUUAUCACAGUUGAUCCCGUGCCACCAUCGCCUAACAAAAACGUGACAUUUCCGACUGUAAAUGCCGAAAUGAACAGAAAAAUGAAUGAAAAAGAUGAGUCACCUAGGAUUAUUUCUGAAAUAGAGAUCAUCUCGACUCCGCCCCCGCCGAAUGAAGUAAUGGAGAUGGAACCUGCCAUGCACUCCAGGAAGAAAUGGAACACCAGUCAAAACUCUCCCAAAGCAGCCAAAGGGUUUAAAAAGCUGCUUUUCUUCGGAAGAAAAACAAGAAACCCCCAUACUUAAAUUGAUACCACAGCCAUAGUUAAUUCUUGCUAGCAGCUUUGUGUAACGUUGUGUUCCAUGGGAAGAU